GCAGUGGUCCCGCAACGUUAGCGAGCAAGAAGCAUUGCUGAUAGGACCCAAACAUUUAGAAUCAUGGCAUUGACGAGGAUUACAAUCCUUUCUAUUGGGUUACUCGUAAUCGCAUCGUCAAAAAACGGCGGAGGUGUGAAUGGGUGGCUCUGGGCUAAGAAAAAACCUUUAACAAAUGUGCAAAUCCCCGGCUACACUCAUCGCAUUGGUGACUGCUUUGGCCGAGACAUCAAACACAUGGGCUGGGUCACGGACAAACAACACUGUGUUAAUGAAUGUAACAAGCGCAUGGGGUGCCUUGCCUUCCUCUUCAUAUACAAGGGCAAACAUAGCGACUGUUGGUUAAAACAUUAUGCCUGUCCUACCCUAACCAUGACGCAUAACAAAGACUACCAUUUCUACGUGAAACAAGCGAAAAAAGCAACCCAACCAAAACCAAAGAGUAAAACAGGGGGCAAAAACCUAAAGAUUUGCGAGCACAAACGUGGCAAAAUUACCUGCCCCAGCGGUCAGGUGAUUAACAUUAUCUCGAGCAACUAUGGGCGUACGUCUACCACGAUUUGCUCCAAAGGCAAGCCGGCCGCCCAAACGAAGAACACCAAGUGCAAAGACACGAAGAGCUUCCCACACACCAAGAAGCUCUGCAACGGAAAGAGCAGCUGCAACCUGCAUGCAACAAAUUCUCUGUUUGGCGACAUUUGCCAUGGCACCUUCAAGUACUUGGACAUCAAUUACUCAUGUAAAGGAGGGGCUGCUGCACCAGGGGGAAAGGCCAAGUCAGGUGAGUCUGUGCGUAUGUAUGAUGCGGUAAGUAAAUGGGUUAUCACGGAUAUAGGCUUAAAACAAGGA